AAACAGCGAGCGGCCGAGACCGUCUUCCUUUGGUAGUUGACGGUGGUGUGGUUUGUGCGCGAUAGUAGCGGUAGUUGACGAUAUGCCUCGCGUCUACAUCGGGCGACUGAGUUACCACGUCCGCGAGAAGGACAUCCAGAGGUUCUUCAGCGGCUACGGCAAGCUCUUAGAAAUAGACCUCAAAAACGGGUAUGGCUUUGUGGAGUUUGACGACACCCGGGACGCGGAUGAUGCUGUGUAUGAGCUGAACGGGAAGGAGCUGUGCGGCGAGCGUGUCAUCGUGGAGCAUGCCCGGGGACCCCGGAGGGAUCGUGAUGGAUACGGUGGGGAUUACAGGGGUGGUGGGUGCAAGAAGGGUAGUAGUGGUUACAGCAGCAGAAGCCGUUCUGGCCGAGACAAGUACGGUCCACCAGUUCGAACGGAGUAUCGCCUAAUUGUGGAGAACCUGUCCAGUCGUUGCAGCUGGCAGGACCUCAAGGACUUCAUGCGUCAAGCAGGGGAGGUGACCUAUGCCGAUGCUCACAAGGAACGCACCAAUGAGGGUGUCAUCGAGUUCCGGUCGUACUCCGAUAUGAGAAGAGCCUUGGACAAGCUAGAUGGGACUGAUAUCAAUGGCAGGAAGAUUCGCUUGGUGGAAGACAGGCCACGUCGACGUCGGUCCUACUCUGGCAGCCGGUCCAGGUCCCGUAGCCGAAGGCGUUCUCGUAGCAGAAGCCAGAGGAGCAGCCGGUCCCGUAGCAAUUCGCAAUCUCGAUCGCGGUCUCAUUCCCAGAGUAAACGACAAUCUCGCUCCAGGUCUGGCCACAAGUCCCACUCAAAGUCCCCCGCUCGCAAGUCUCAUUCCCGCUCCCAAACCAGGAAAUCCAACUCUCGGUCCCGCACCAGGAAAUCCUGCAGCCGUUCUGUGAGCCGUAAAUCUCGGUCCCGUUCCAACACUCGGAAAUCACGUUCUAAAAGCCGCUCCAAGGUAAAGUCUGAACGUGACUCCCGGAGUGCUUCUAAGGAGAAGUCUGUCAGUAAGAAGUCCCACAGCCACUCCCCAUCUCCAGUGGAGAAUGGUAAAGGAGAGCGUGCAAAGUCUGCAUCGCGCUCUUCCUCUCCUCAGGGUGGCAGCCGUAACUCCAGGUCUCCAGUCCAGCGAUCUGCUUCCCGUUCUCCAUCACGAUCCAAGUCACGCUCCAGAUCUGCCUCGCAGGACUAACUGCUCAUGACCUACUCUUGCUUUGCUGUGUAGUCCCACUUGUUUGGGCUUCCUUUCAGUUUUCACUGCGCUACUCCUGUUGCUGGCAUGCAAAAUUUGGUCAGUCUUAAAUUUAGUCCUUUUGUCUAAACACUUGGUGCCGAACCUAAUAAAAUGAAUGGAGAGUUUGGGUUGGGACAAACCUGUAGGAUGGGUGCUUGUGGCACCCCCACGCCCCUUCACAUUUUCCUGGUAUUAUUGGGGUGUCGUGCCCCCACCCCUCAGCUUCAUAUUUAUAACUUCAUCAAACUGAAUUUCUUCAGGAGGUUUGUAACUAUUGGAGGGGUGCCUAGGUCAUAAUCCCCUUGCUGUUUCCUAUGGUUUGUAGUGUACAUCACAAGUUGUACAAUCCUUAAUUUAAGGAAAUGUAUUAUGUUUUCAUUAGCUUACAAAAUUUGUGUACUAUAUCUGAAUUUGUUUAGCUUUCUCUGAAUUUCAUGCCCUUUACAGCAAAAGUCCUCCUCUGUAAGGCUUUGUUAUAGAUGUUACAAUCAUUGCUUGCUUUUUUUCAUUGCCCUUUUCCAGUUAAUGUCAGUGGCCUUAGCUGACCUUUGUAAUAAAUUCCUUUUGAUACACUGCAGAAAAGCAGGUCUAUUCUUCUCAAUAGUCAGGGAUUCCCCCCCCCCCCCCCUUGUUAAAAAGGGUCAAGUGAGUUUAACUAUUGUGCUCAUGUUUGCUUUAAUUUGUAAUAUGUUGUGUUCAAUAAACAUGUGGUGUUUUGAUUGUG